UAAUUGUUAUAUAUAUAUAUAUAUAUACGUUGGGCUCUUUUUCAAAAGGUAUUGCGCCACCUAGCAUGUUUACGUAUGCAACAUGGCAGGCAGAGGUGUCAAAGGUGCAUCCAACAGAAGUGUCAGCCCGGGAAUCAAAAGAAAUCCAUCAGCCAUGCCAAGUUUUCCAACUUACCUGACUACGGAGCAGGAGGAUGAACUCCGAAAAAUUGCCAAUGCUAUUGUGGCUCCUGGCAAAGGAAUUCUAGCAGCUGAUGAAUCCACAGGAACAAUUGGUAAGAGAUUUGCCCAGAUUGGAGUGGAAAACACUGAAGAAAACCGUCGGAAAUACAGAGAAUUGCUGUUUACUUGUGACACUGUUGCAUCUGAAAACAUUGGCGGUGUGAUCUUGUACCAUGAGACCUUCUUCCAGAAGGACAGUAAAGGUGUACCAUUUCCAAAACUUAUCCAAAACAAAGGCAUUAUUCCAGGCAUCAAGGUUGACAAAGGUGUUGUUCCUCUUGCAGGAACAAAUGGUGAAAGUACCACUCAAGGUCUUGAUGGGCUGUCAGAGAGGUGUGCUGAGUACAAAAAAGGUGGAGCACAGUUUGCCAAAUGGCGUUGUGUUUUGAAGAUUGGUUCUCAUACACCAACAUACCAGAGUAUGAUGGAAAAUGCCAAUGUGCUAGCAAGAUAUGCUACCAUUUGUCAGCAGAAUGGACUUGUUCCAAUUGUUGAACCAGAAGUGUUGCCAGAUGGAGAACAUGACCUUUUUGAAGCUCAGAAGGUCACAGAACAGGUCCUGGCUUUCCAAUACAAGGCCCUGGCAGAUCAUCACGUGUUCUUGGAAGGCACUCUUCUGAAACCCAACAUGGUGACAGCCGGACAGAGUUGCUCCAAGAAGUUCAAGCACGAAGAGAAUGCAAAAGCUACUGUACUAGCACUGUCCAGAACUGUGCCACCAGCAGUGGCUGGCGUCACAUUUUUGUCCGGGGGAAUGUCUGAAGAAGAUGCCACUCUCAACUUGAACGCUAUCAAUCAGUACCCUGGUCGCAAGCCAUGGGCUCUCACGUUUUCAUUUGGACGAGCCCUGCAGGCCAGUGUUUUGGCUGCAUGGCAAGGAAAAGAUGCAAAUAUUGCAGCUGCACAAGCUGAGCUGUGUAAACGUGCAAAGGCCAAUGGCUUGGCUGCAUUGGGACAAUACAAAGGAGGUAUGGCAGGGACUGCUGCAGACAAGUCGCUCUUUGUUGCUGAUCAUAAAUAUUAGAGGAUAUGCCAGACUACUUGUGAUGGACACUAGUUCACAUCAGUUCAGUACUGCUCAUAAUUUUUAUGUAGCAGAUGUUUUUGUUUCUGGUGGAAAAUAAUCUUUUUUUUUUUUCUUUUUUUUUUAAAUUCAUUUUACGGAUUGUGAAUUUGUUAUUACUUGCUACAUGUAUUUGAGUCAGUUCUGUGAAAUAAACAAUUAGAAAUAUGUUUUUGGUUCUCGAAAAGACACAAAUAUGGUGUGAUCGAAAAUCAUCUGGAUUUUUUAAAAACUGUAAUGUAUAUGUUUGGAAUACAGUGUAUUGUGACCUCUUUUGUUGCAUAUCUAUUGUGACUGGUAAAAGCUUAGUAUUAUUGAUUAUUUUAAAGAGACCCUAUCUCUUUAAGCUGGUUCUUCUUGGCAACUGUUUUAUGGCGAUUUUGUGCAUUUUUAUUUGGAACAAAUGUUUGGUUAAGUGUUGUUGUCUUUAAAAUUUAUAUAACUUUUUUUUGUUUUGAAAUCCAUGGAUUGGUCUGAGACCUUGUGUAUGAAUAGUACUUGUUAAAAUAUUGACUCUUGAAUAUUUCUUAUGAAAUAAUCCAUAAUGUAAAAUUCUUAAUUUGUAUUUGUUUAUGGAGAUGUAUACUAAUCUGUUACAAUUUUGUCUUUAAUCAGUACUAUGUUAUUGGGGGAAGGGUUUUUUUUUUUUUUUUUUUUUCCUUCAGUCAUAUAUGUUGCAUGUUUUCUUGUCCUUCCAGAUUUUUAUUAAUUUUGCAAAUUUAUUUCCUCUUGUGAAUCAAUGUCAGCUUUGUUACUUUUACUUUUAGAUGAAUACUAGUGAUGUACUAAAUAUUUAGUACUUGAUGUAUGGUAAAUUAGACCUAACCAGAUGAAUUUAAAAACAAAUGGGUAAUUUGGGUAUUUUCAACAUUGAUAAUUGCAGUGAUUUACAUACAUGUAAUUCUAAAAAUAAGGUAUGGAACUAUCAAAUAUAUACAAGUAAAGGAUAAAAAUGAAGAUUUUUUGGUUUAUUGAAUAUAGAUCUAGAAAAUGGCAUCUGGUGUUUGAUUUACUGAUGUGUUCAGUAUAGCUUUAAUUUAGCUGUUACCUUUAUUUUUGUUGUUUACCAUUGUUAUGGUGAUGAAUAAAUUUUAACUUGUCUCUCUGGGUCAAUAUAUAAUGCACAUUUUUUAAAAGGUUGUAUAUUAAUAGUGUAUUUCUGGUUGCAUUUUAGCAGUAUAUUUACUGGCUCAACAUGAUUUUGCAUAUUAUGUUAUCUGAUGGAUAGUUAAACAUAAUAAAUAAAUGUUAAAUGAA